AAAGAGCUUUGUUUGGAGCAUGUUCUGAAAUAGUGAUGGAGGCUGAGACGGAGGAAAGAACCAAACCCAUUGCCAUCUUCAUUGCCUUCGGUACUAGAGGCGACGUCUAUCCCAUCGCUGCCAUUGCUGCAGCUUUUGCUUGUGACCAGAAGCAAUACAAUGUGGUCCUGAUAACUCAUUCAGCACAUGAGAACUUAGGUCUUCACUUGGCAGAAAAGCAUGUUGCUUAUUAUCCAAUUUCAUCACUGCCUGUUCUUUCUACUGAUCAAAAUCAUGAGACUGCUACAGGAUCAACCUCAAUGGAGUUGUCAUUUUUGCUGCACAAAGAAAAGCUUCAAAGAGAACAUAGACAAGAGUGCUAUUCUCUAGUUCAAAGGAUAUUUGGAUGUGGCCCAAGCUUGGAGGGUGAUUUUAUUCUGAUAAAUUUCUUUGCAUUGGAAGGGUGGAGCCUUGCGGAAAUGUUUUGUGUCCGUUGCGUAGUUGCUGCCCCAUAUGUCGUCCCAUAUAGUGCACCUUCAUCAUUUGAGCGCCAGUUCAGAAAAGAACUUCCACUUUUGUAUAGAUAUCUCCAGGAAGCUCCCAUUGAUAAGGUUUGUUGGAAGGACGUGAUUCAUUGGAUGUGGCCUCUUUUCACUGAAAGUUGGGGAUCAUGGAGAUGUGAUGAACUGAAUCUGAGUACUUUCCCUUUUACGGAUCCAGUAACAGGUCUCCCCACAUGGCAUGAUAGGCCUCCAUCGCCCCUGUUAUUGUACGGAUUUAGCAAAGAAGUUGUUGAAUGCCCUGCAUGGGGUUUUUAAAAAAUCCUCAAGCAUUUCUUCGUGUUCUUCAAACUGUUAUAGAGAUCACAAGUUACAGAUUUAUUCUCUUCACAGCUGGCUUUGAACCUUUAGAU